AUGUUUCAAGAAAUUCGAUAUCGUAAGAAACGGCCAAUAAUAGUUGAUAUCCCAUUUAUCGGACCAUUCCUAAUUGCUGUAUUUAUUGUUCUGAUCACUAAAACAUAUAAUUCAAGUGAUAAUUCGUUAAUUAGCAUGCCAAAAUAUAAAGAAUACUUCGAAAUUCACAAGCCUAUGACUCCACACGAGAAGCCUGUCAAUGCAUCUUAUAAAAAAGAUAUAUAUCCAAACAAUAUUUCCAGAACUUUAGUUACUAAAGAAGUUAUUCUUCCGAACAUCUAUGUUACAAAAACAAUAGGUGAUGUUGGUAAAGAUGCUGUUAUUCCAUCAGCGAAUGCUAUUCAAGAAUACGCAAAAUCCGGAAAUGCUUUCCUUGUUCAAAUGAAAAACGUAUUCGUAAAUAACGAAGGCAUUGUUUAUGCAAACAAUGUGUUCUAUCCAGGAGACUGUGCUUGUCAUUGGAGAGGCUGUAUUGAUUUCGAAGGAAAACAUUUUCAAAAAGAAUUCGAGUAUACAACUGUUGAUAAGGCAAUUUGUAUUACCCACGAAUACGGAUGGUUCUUUGCUCAUUGGCUUAUUGAUUUCAUGCCAAAAUUUGCAAUAAUUCCUGAAGAUAUACUUUUAUCAUCAAAGAUCAUCAUUACAAGUUAUGCCGAUUUCACUAUAAACGGAUUGAAGUUCUUAGGAGUGAAACAAUCCAAUAUUAUUGCCCCUGUUCCAGAUACUGCUGUUUUUUGCCGUACAUUGUAUACAGUUGAGCCAAUUGUAUGCACUAAAUUCAAUGCUUAUUUACUUCUCAACCUCCGAAGCCUUAUUGUUAAGAAAUGCAAACUUGAUACAACUCCUGCAACGAAAUACGUCUUCUACAAUCGUGAAAAUACAGAUUACAGAAAGUUCGGAAACUACAAUGACAUUCUCAAGUCAAUAAAGAGCUCUUACCCUCAAUAUAGCUGGCAAAAUAUUAAAAUUUCGGGUGGAAUUAAAGACCAAGCAAAGUUGUUCAAUUCUAUCAAAGUAUUUGUUGCAAUGCAUGGAGCUGCAUUUGCAAACACUCUUUUCAUGCAACCAAACUCUUCUGUUGCCGAAAUAAUGGGAGAUAGAUGGGUAGACAACUACUUGUGGAUCUCUGCUUACGCGCAAGUCCACCACGUUGUUUGUAGAGAUAUGAAAGUCCAGUGGAGAGAAUCUGGAAGCAAAAACGUGAUUGAUACGAAAACCAUUCUUCAAUUGGUUGAUGUAGCUAUAAAGAGUAUGGAAUCAACCCCUCAGCCACCAAUGUAA